GGUAAUGUCCUUCGACUUGAGUAAAUCAGUAAACGAUAGAUUCUCGAUGUGUCAAGACGUUCAAAAAGAAGAAAACAAAAUUUUCUCAAUGAUUAUUUAUCAAAACUAAAUUUUUCAUUUUUUUUUUGCACAUUUCAAAAAAAAAAAAAUUAUUUAUUGUGUUGUGAAAAAGAAUUUUUGUGCUAUAGAAAAAAAAUAGAAAAUUAUAUUAGAAUAAAAAUUUGUGCGUUCAGUGUAAUUGAGAGAUGUUGGUGAACAUUAUUUUUUUGUAGCAAGUAUUUUAAGGUGUGAGAGGAAAGUUUGUUAUAAACAUUAAAAAUGUCUUGCGAAAAUGUUCUGAAGAGUUGCUUCUUUGAUAUUUCGACAUAAUCAACAUUAUAAUCAACAUCAUUAUUAUCCUCAUCAUAAUCAUACGAAAACGAUUCCACGAAGAAUGAAUUUUCAAGUCCUUGUCACGUGCACCAUUAUAUUUGCAUAUACCUCAUCAGGAGCUGUGCUGGAAAAAAAAUUGUCUGCAGUGAAUGUUAAACCAAUCGAAGAGGAUAAUGAUUAUGCUAAAGUUUUGGAACUCUCCUUUCUAUUUUACGAGGCUCAGCGCUCGGGAAAAUUACCAUCUGAUAAUAGAAUUCCUUGGAGAGGGGAUUCUGCUCUAAAUGAUAGUGGUGUUGAUGGAGAAGAUCUCACAGGAGGCUAUUAUGAUGCUGGUGAUUUUGUAAAAUUUGGUUUCACAAUGGCUUGGACGACAACUCUUUUAGCUUGGGGUGGUAUCAGUUGGCCCGAAGCUUAUUCAGCAGCUGGUCAAUUGGAUGAAUUGCGUAAGGCUGUUAAAUGGUCAACUGAUUACUUCAUCAAGUGUCACGUUAAUGAAACAACAUUUUAUGGACAAGUUGGUGAUUUUACUCUUGAUCAUAAAUUUUGGGGAAGACCCGAAGAUUUAAAUACAUCCAGACCUGCUUUCAAAAUUGACACUGAACAUCCAGGUUCUGAUUUAGCUGGAGAGACUGCUGCUGCUCUAGCAGCUUCUUCACUUCUUUUUAAAGUCACAAAUCCAGAAUACAGUGAGGAAUUGCUUCGACAUGCCCAAGAACUUUAUCAAUUUGCUACCGAUUAUCGAGGACUUUAUCAUCAAUCUAUAAAAGAUGGGACACAAUAUUAUGAGAGUACGGAUUAUGGUGAUGAAUUAGCGUGGGCUGCUGCUUGGCUUUAUAAAGCAACAAAGACGACAAAUUAUCUCGACGAGGCUGAAUAUCAUUAUCAACAUUUUUAUCUCAAUGAAAGAGCAAAUUCCUUUUUUUACAAUAAAAAAUCAGCUGGUGUUCAGAUUCUUUUGGCACAAUUAACAGGACGUGAUGUUUAUAAAAAUUCUUCAAAUGACUUUUGUCACUUCUUUAUGAAACAACAGAAACGAACACCAAAGGGUCUUAUUUAUAUUGAAAAAAUGGGAACUCUCUGUCAUGCGGCGAAUGUUGCUUUUGCCUGUCUACAGGCAGCGGAUUUAGGAGAAAUUCAACAUUCACAGGAGUAUAGGGAUUUUGCCAAGGAGCAGAUCUCUUAUAUGCUUGGUAGUGCAGGAAGGAGUUAUGUAGUCGGUUGGGGUAAUAAUCCACCAACCCAACCAAAUCACGCAGCAUCUUCUUGUCCUGAUAAACCAGCGUCUUGUGAUUGGUCGGACUUAGAUCGAAAGUCAGCAAAUCCACAAAUACUGUAUGGUGCCUUGGUUUCAGGACCUGAUGAGAGGGAUAAAUUUGAUGACAAUCGUCAAGACUACAUUUACACUGACGUCACUUUAGAUUGUAAUGCUGGAUUCACUGGGACCCUUGCCGGUUUACUUCAACUUCGAGUUAAAGCAACUUCUUGACAUGUUACAAUAACAUUUUUAUGCACUGAUUUUUUACUGUUUGUCGACUCAAUUUAUUGCACAUAUUAAUGCGUAUAUUUUUAUUCACAAGGGGCCAGGUAUUUUAAUAUCUUUUUUUAUUUUUUUACAACAGUUUAUGCCUGAAAAAUACUUGAAAAAAAACGUAAAGUAAAAUUACGAUGGGCAGAGUGGGGCAACGAUAAACCUUAGGCUUCGCUUUGUUAUUUUUUGUAAACGUGAUCAAUAAUAAAAUUCUUACUUUUACCCUCUGGGCACCUUUGUUCUAAAAAAGUUCCUAAGACGUUUCUAGAACGUUUCAUGUCCUCCACAUAAAGUCUUAAAAACGUUUUAUGUUCUAAAAACGUUUUUAGAACAUUGGACGUUUUUAAGCCGUUAUGUAGUGGACAUGAAACUUUCUAAAAGCGUUUUAGGAACGUUUCUAAAACAAAGAUGUUUCCGUGCCCAGAGGGUAGUUUUUAAAAAUAACCUGUACAGAAUAUUUUUAAAAAUGUACAUUUUUUAAGCUUUUAUAGCACCACACACACACAUUAAGUUACUAUUAUUUUAAAUGUUUUUUUAUAGAUAAAAUAUGUGAUAGUAAAAUUAAUUUUUAAUAAUAAUAAUAUUUCAAUUGAAACAACGUAACAAUGCAAAGAGAAUUCAAAGUCUAUACAUUAUCGUUACUUUAAAAAACAAGAGAAAAUAAAUUUCGAAAUUUUUUCUGAAAACAGUAUUUUUAAGUACCAAAGAUCUAAAUUAUAUUUAAAAAAGUUAAAUAUAACUUCACUAAAUGAAUUUUGUCCACUAAUAUGUUAAAUAU